AUGCCGCUCCAAUUUGCUGAAUUACCAAGCUCGCCAAGACAGCAGGGUAGGGCUAAGUUAUCCUUGGGCAGAUGUCCUCCUCGGUUACUCUUGCUGCGUGGGUUAAAGAAGGCUUGCAGACGAGUUGUGAAGAUCUCGGACGGAAAUGAGGAGGUACUAGAGCUGUUGGAAAUAUUGAAUGUCAGUGUGGACCAAUUCGAAAAGCUGUGGUUAGACACCAUCGAAAAGCAUGGCUACGAAAUCGAGCGAUUAAAGAAGAAGCUCCAGGAUGUGCAAACAGAACUGGAAGAGAUGCUGCCGAUGGGAGGAAAAAAUGACGGAGUCGAUAGGCUCGAUCGUGAAACGAAAUUUGCAGCUGCGUACGCCUUGAAACGAAACAGCAUUGAUCAGGAUGCCGCUUCUGUCGAAGAACUAAUUAAUGACUCCGGUGGUCAACUACGGUACAUCCAUGGGCAGCUUGCGAAUCUGGAACAAAGGAAUCAACAGCUGGAGGGAAGGAAUCAGCAGCUAGAGGAAACGAGCCUGCAGCUGGAGCAAAGAAAUUUGCAGCUGCAAGAACGGAGUGAAGAAUUAGAGGAACAAAUUCUACAGCUAGAGGAAAGAAAUCAGCUGCUAGAGGAACUGCUGCACUCAAACAUGGAACAAGACGCUGCAGCUACAGAGGAGCAUGGUAAUCAGCACCAUGUGCGGGCGCGUGUGCACACACUUUAUAAUCUUCGUUCCAUUGUCAGAUAUUAA